AUGUCAAUAAAGUAUGAAAAACUGUUUAAUGAUGUUUCAGCUGGGGCAGUUAUUGCUGGGGGUCCAUUGGAAACAGCUUUUUUGGAGAAUAGGCAACACUGUGCCAGGGACAAUAACAUUGAUAUAAUUGACUGUUUUCCUCUGUCCAGGUGCCCACGCCUUAAAAGACUUGUUUUGCCAGCAUGGAAUCGAGUAGAGAAUAAAAUGAUUGAAGCUAUUAAGCUGUGGAAGGAUCUUGAAUCCCUGACAAUGCCAAGCAUAGUGGAUUCCCCUCUUCUUGUUCAGGCAAUUGCUACUAAUUGCAGGAAAUUCAGUGAACUCAAGAUCAUGGGCCCGUUUGACAUUUAUUUCGCUUCCUCCCUUGUUACCUAUCUUCCAACAUUGAAAGUUUUGAGCCUUCGAUGCUCAAUGCUAUAUAAGGACACAUUGAUCUUCAUCUUGGAUAAUAUGUGUUGCCUAGAAGUGCUCAACAUAUCGCAUUGCCUUCUAAUAGAAGUCCCAACACCUCCCGCACCAAGAAGAAUUGUUAGGCAGCUUGAUAAAACUAUCCUGGAGAAGGCUUCUCAUUUACGCUACUUCUUAGCCUGCAUGAGUGACACUUGCAUCAUGUGCCAAAAAACAAGAAAUGACGAAGGGCUCAUGCGGUGGUACAAGUACGACGAAGGGCUGUGGAAGGAAGAUGAGAUCAGCUCUCUUGCUCUUUGAUUUGAGCAUUUUAAGACCAGACCAAAUUAUAGCGGGCUACAAGUUCCACCACUAUAUGUCCACGUAUCCUUUUUCUUGGUUAUUCUUUCACUGCAUACCAGGAACAGAAGAAGACAACGUUGGAGGAAGCAACUAAGGGCAUUCUGUCUAUUUUAUGUUAGUUGUGGUGAUAAAAUGCCAAACUCUGGGUGGUUGUGGUGAUAAAAUGCCAAACUCUGGGUGGUUGUGGAGGGGCUGAAGAUUUGCUGUUACUGCUGAUAAAUGUAUAUAUAUACAUGAUAAAUUGCAAUUUUUUUAGUUGUUCCUAGGGCACCCUCUUUUUUUAUUUAUGG